AUGGAGUACAUGGAUUAUGACGAGGGAGUAAUCUUGGUCCGCAGAAUGCCUGGAGAUGGUCACUGCCUAUUCUCGGCACUGGUACACCAACAUUUCAAAUCAGAAGUAGGGUCGGUGGAGCAUUAUGAAAACGUAAGGAAUCUUCGCCGAAGGAUUGUGGAACAUAUCCGGAGUAAUAUAGAAAACUUCCGUGCAUCACUGGUGGAUACGGUAGAGGAAAUGAGUCACUUGAGGCACACAUCGGUGGAGGGCAAAAUAGAAGAAUUCCUUCGAAAUAUAGCAGAAUCAAAUGAGUGGGGUGGACAGGAAACUAUAGCGCCGGCUGCGACUAUUCUCAACAGAAGGAUAGAUGUGUACUAUGAGAACGGUCCUAUAAUAAUGUUCAAUAGAGAACUGGCUGCAUUCGGAGUCCUCAGGAUAGCAUACCGCCUUGCGACACGAAACUCUAGGAACGCACUCCGGAACCACUAUGACAGUGUGACGCAAAGGUCCUCUACAGGUCCUCUACAAGAAACAGAAGAAGGGCAAAUGCGGAAUCAAAAAACAGAGAACUAA